AUGGACGACGCCUACGAGUUGGCGCCGGCGCGCCGGCGUGACGACAGCGCGAUGCACAUGCCGACCACGAGCGGUCCAGGCGCCGACGCCGAACCGAGCGUCAAGCCGUCCUGGGCAAAGAAAUUCGAGGAGGAGAAGAGCGGCAACAAGCCGGAGCGGCUGCGUGGCAGGGUGGUGCGGUGGAACGUCAAGGGCGGCUGGGGCUUCAUCCACCGCUCUGACGGGCUGGGUGACAUAUUCGCCCACCAGCGGUCGCUGCACAAGACGGGCUUCCGCAGCUGCGCCGAUGGCGAGGAGGUCGAGUUUGAGGUGGAGGUGGCGGCGAGCACGGGCAAGCUCGAGGCGGAGGAGGAGGAGAAGCCAAAGCCUGCGCCCGCCGAGGCUGCUGCGCCCGCCGCGCCAAAGCCGCCGUCGCGGCCGCCCACCGCCUUUGUCCCGCGCGGUCUGAAGCGGCCGGCGACUGGCGGCGGCGGACGGAGCAUCCCGCUGCCCAAGGCCAAAGCGCCCAAGCCGGCAGAGACGGCGACGCAGUCUUUAUCGUUGGCCGAUGCUGCGGCCGCCGAUGGACGAUCGUAG